UUUUUUUUGUUUUGCUAAAGCAUUUUGAGUAUGAAACAUUUAAAAAUUGUACUGGUGUUGGCAAUCGCGGUUAACGUCUGGGAAUGUGGUGAUGCAAAAUUCGGUGAAAAGGGCGAAGUUAGCCCAAGGAGGAGGAGAUGUUACGAUGGAAGCCUACCGAAGCGCCUGAAAAAGAGAGAGAGAAAACUGUCAGUGGACAGCGGCAGCAGCGGGGAGAUUUGUCACAGACUGUACCCUCGCGUGUCCUGCUGUCCCACCAGGAGAGCCGCCUAUCAGAUUCUUCACCGGCGAGACGCCAGGGUCUUCUCCACCAACAACACAGAGUGCGCACGGCUCUUGGACGAGAUCAAAUGCGCACGCUGCUCGCCUCACGCCCAGGUGCUCUUCCACGCCCCGGCCCCCGCAGCCGCAUUGCACCUGGAGCCCCACCUGCCCCGGCUCUGCCAUGACUACUGCCGGGAGUUCUACUACACCUGCAGGGGCCACAUACCAGAGCUGUUCCAAGCAGAUGUGGACGAAUUCUGCCAGUACUAUGGGAGACGAGACAAUGGCCUGUGCUUCCCCGACUUCCACCGGCAGCAGACACGAGGUCCCACCACCAACUACCUGGACCUGGAGGAUGAGAAGCUAGAGAACAUCAACAGGAAGCACAAGCACAACUGCUACUGCGUCCGGGAGGUGAUGAGCGGUCUGCGGCAGCUGGUGGGGGCAGUGCACUGCGGGGAUGGAUCCCAGCGCCUCUUCCUGCUAGAGAAAGAGGGCUACGUGCAUAUCCUGACCCCCGGCAUGGAGCUGCUCCGAGAGCCCUUCCUAGACAUCCACAAGCUGGUCCAGAGUGGCCUGAAGGGCGGAGAUGAAAGGGGCCUCCUGAGCCUCGCAUUCCACCCCAAUUAUAAGAAGAACGGCAAGCUGUACGUCUCCUACACCACCAACCAGGAGCGCUGGGCCAUCGGACCACACGACCACAUCCUCCGAGUGGUCGAGUACACAGUCUCCAGAAAAAACACAAACCAGGUGGAUGUGAGAACCAAGCGAGUUCUGGUGGAGGUGGCUGAGCUGCACCGGAAGCAUCUGGGCGGCCAGCUCUUGUUCGGUCCCGAUGGCCUGCUCUACAUCAUCUUAGGUGACGGCAUGAUCACGCUGGAUGACAUGGAGGAGAUGGACGGCCUGAGUGACUUCACGGGGGCCGUCCUGCGGGUGGAUGUGGACACAGACUGCUGUAACACCCCCUACUCCAUCCCCAGGAGCAACCCAUACUUCAACAGUACAAACCAGCCCCCGGAAAUCUUUGCCCACGGCCUGCAUAAUCCUGGCAGGUGCGCCGUAGACCAUCAUCCCAUGGACAUUAACGGAAGCCUGCGGAUCCUGUGCACCGAUGCCAGCAGUCGAAACUCGAGCGGCGGGCGAAUCCUCGAGGUCCUCAAGGGAAAAGACUACGAGUACGAGCCUCCGAUCCUGGACCUGAAUUACGCCGGCAGCAGCACGGCCCCUGUGGGCGGCUUCAUCUACCGCGGCUGCCAAUCCAGGAGGCUCUACGGCAGUUACGUAUUCGGGGACCGCAGCGGGAACCUGCGCGUCCUGCAGAAGCCAUCAGCGGGCAGGUCUUGGCAGGAGAAGCCCCUAUGUGUGGGCAGCAGCGGCACCUGUGGCAACUCCAUCUCUGGACAGAUCCUGGGAUUUGGGGAGGACGAGUUGGGUGAGGUGUACAUUCUGGUCACCAGCAAGAGCAUGGCCCAGUCCAAUAAUGGCAAGCUGUACAAACUGGUGGAUCCAAAGAGGCCCCCGCUGCCCAAGGAAUGCCAGCGUACGGUGGAGCCCCCUGAGCUGCUGGGGACGGCCUGCUCUCGGCAGUGCAAGAACGGGCACUGCACCCCAACCGGAAGGUGCUGCUGUAGCCCCGGCUGGGAGGGGCCCUUCUGCAGAGUGGCCAGGUGCGAGCCCGUGUGCCGUAACGGUGGCGUCUGCAUGGAGCCCAACAAAUGCCUGUGCAAGAGCGGCUACUCUGGCCUGCAGUGUGAGCGCGGAGAGCGCGGCGAGCCAGCCCCCGAGGCCAAAGACGGCCUGCUGGACCACCUCAUCGACGUCACCUCCUACCUGCUGGACCUCACCAGCUAUAUCGUGUAGGCCGGUGCCAGGAGGGGGGGGCUUCGAUCACUGCACGCCUCAGAUAUCACCCCCUGCUCCGCUGAUCACACCUCCAACCCACACGCCCUGUAACACUACAAGCGGGCGUCCACCGAACGGACCCCCCCAGAGAAAAUGAAAAGGCAAACCCCGCACCCUCCCUCACCACCCAGCAUAAGGACUUGGACACUGGCUUAGAAUCUCUGAGCAGCUUCUGUCCUGGAUUUGUGUCAGUCCCCUGGCUGUGACUCCCAGUCACGAGGCAGUGACUCUCUGUCACGAGGACCUUGCUUCGGUGCCUCUGUUGUUGGCCUUCCCACCACCCUUGGGACCCCCCCCCCCCCCCAAGAAAAAAAAGCAAUUCUUCACUCACAGACCCUGGGUGCAGCUUGGCAAGGAGGCACACCUUCUGCAUGGACAAGAUGAAGGAAUAUCAGAAGUGUUUCGUCUGAAGUAUUACUCUCAGUGUGACAUCUGCAUGGUGGCCGGGUGGCGGGGGGGCAGGGGGGGGAUGUCAGAGAAGCACAUUUUCCGCAGAUUUGUUUUUGUUUUUUUUGUUUUUAAUUUUGUUGUAUGGUACAGCCUUUUCAUCACCAUCAGCAGUGUACCAUGGACUGGGCUGUGGCGACCAGCAGCGCCUCCUCUGUGCUGAUCUGGGGUCAGUCAUCUCCGGUAACGGGGACAGAGCUCUUUCCCGGGGGUCCGGACUUUCCGACGGCAAGCAGUGGAACGUCACUUAAAAAAACAAAUAAGUAAACAUCUUGGGGCACCUGUGUUUCCCGCAGAUUGGCCCCCCGAGGGGCCAAACCCUUCAAAAUUAGCCCCGUUGCCCGCAAAGCUAUAGAAUUAUGCAUUUUAAAUUUGCAAAUGAAGAUAUAAUUCAAUAGUGUAGUGAUGUAAUUGUAAUCUACAGCCAAUAGCCUUUUACUGUAUGUAGUAAAAGAGCAUCAUGGUGGUAAACAAACACAAAGCUUAAAACUCUACUAAUUUUUAUGACUAUUGAUAGUGGUAAAGUAUGGAUAAAACGAAUUAAUGUACCGAGAAAAUAUUUUAUAUAAAGUGCCACUGAGUUUACAUGGUUUACUUUCCUUUCGUUUGAUGAGGACCAUCCAAGCUGCUUCAUGAUAUGUUCAUGUCAUGUUCUCUUCUUCUGGGGCUGUUCCUCCAGUUCGCUUGGUGUAGAAUGAAGGUCAUCACUGGCAUCACGGUCCAGUGUCCACGUACUCCUGACCCCGCUGGAUGCCGAAAUCCACCAGCACUGGUCUCAGACACGUUUCAGUGGUUUAGAUAUUCAGCACCGAGGUCUCCUGGACCUUUGGUGUUGGACGAUCAAGCUGUCGCUAUCCACGCUCUAGCUACGUGACUCACGUGCUGCGCGCUUUGGUCAAAUUCACCCUAGUCUCUAACACUGUUCAUGGGUUAUGUUCUAUGAUGGUCAAGACCGAUGACUCCUUAACCUGAGAAAUAGCAACCAUUUUUGCUGAUCAAAAGACAUUUUCUUGUUCGAAAUAGCCUAGCGUCGACGCCUAGAAAGCCGUCUCACCUUUCGUCAAAAAUUAUUAGUCCUCUCUGGUUCUCUCACUCAUGUGCCUGCGUUUUGGUGUUGAUUGGAUACCGGAAAGGCCCGUUUUAACCAUUUGUCCAGAACUGACCCAGACGGACACCCUGUCAGCGCCAGUAUCGUGCCACCUUUCGAUCAUUUUGAAAUGCAAGCCAUAUCGUGGUGUUCAAUCUCAUAAUACUCCCAUAAUGCUCAGUUGUUUGGGGGCAAGCCAAAUUACGGAUAUGUUUGCCGUGCUAUUUUACAAAAAUGAUUAGGCUGGACAUGAUGAAAGUGACAGAGAGCAUACAGAUAUUUUAUUCUCAUGUUCAGUAAGGUCGAGUAUAUCUGAGCAGCCCGUAUGAAACAUGCAGAACUCUGAAGCGAUAUUUUCAGUAAAUGAGAGAUGAUUCAUAACCAUGUGUACUACAGGCCGUGAAAUCAGAUAUAUAAAGACUUCAGAAGACUACAGCUGAAACGUCAUAAAUUAGCCACACUGCAGAUGUCGUAAAGUGGCCAUUGUUAAAAUAUAUAAUAUGAAUGUUAAAGAAGCUCAAACUUUCCGCAUUCACUGGCAAGGGAUAUCCGAUCGAUAUCAUUCCCCACAUCACUCCGGACGUCCCACUUCCCCCACCCCAAUCGGCCCUCCGCUUUAGCGCACCAUGUGAGUAACAGCGCCAAUCAGAAUUCACAUCCAAAGUGUGCUUAAAAUCAUCAGGGUUUGUAACAUUACGAGAUAAUUGUACCAUAGCACUGUUUGUAGAUUUCUAUAUAGGGAUUCGGAUUGCAACAAAACCAUGUUUAUUUUUCUUUAUUAUUAAUAUGAUGAUGAUGAUUAUUAUUAUUAUUGUCCUAAAUGUGUGUGCUAUUGAUUAUUAUAUGGAAUAGUAAAUUCUACAAAAUCCAUGCUGUAAGUUUAAAAUCCAUAAUUUUAGCACUUAAUGUGAAUCUUGCAUCAGAGCUGCUGAGAAGGCCUUGUGAAUAGAGUAAUCGUUUUCAUUAUUUAAGUAGUUAUGCAAAGGUUAUUUAAAUCCUCUACAUUGUUUGUACCUUGUGAAGAUAUGGAUUUUCUUUUUUUUUCUUUUUUUUUUGUAAAUAUAAUUGGGAUUCUCUUUGGUCUCUUUUCUGAAAUAGCUGUCUAUUAAAGUUUAUAGCAUGUCCGAUCA